GUCAAAAGGCUAACAUUUUUUUUAAUCUACUAUUUUUCUGUGGAUUAUUCUUAAAACGCUUCGAAAAUGCCAUCAGAACGUGCUCUAAAGACAUUCGAAAAUAUGAGUACCGAUACUUCGAUAAAGACUAAGGACUCCAGCCAGUUAUUUAUGGAUCUGAAGAACCUGUUGUUGUGGCGCAAUGGCCGAAAGACUUUGAUCGUCUUCACGGGCAUCCUGCUCCUCCUGCUGGAUGUGAUGGUCCACUCGGUGAUCAGUGUGAUAAGCAUGGUAGGGAUCACAGUUCUCAUCGCAGCUAUUGGCCAUCGCCUUUUGGUACAGUUUUGGAGUAUCUGGAAGAAGGAUGGGAACAAAGAUCAGAUCUUACGUUUCUAUCCUCACGCGAAGAUAGAAAUUCCCCGGGAGGAGACUCUUUAUCUGGCCGGGAAAGCAGUUUCCCAUCUGAAUUUAAUUUUGAACCGUAUGAUAGAAUUGUUGCUGGUGGAAAAGUGGGAGGAUUCCUUGAAGUUCCUAGUUUUGCUAUGCGGCAUCAAUUUGCUGGGCGAUUGCUUCAACGGAUGGACUUUGCUUAUAUUUGGACACUUGUUUAUUUUCACCGUACCAAAACUGUACGAGUCGUAUAAGCCAUUCGUAGAUGUCCAGAUACGGAAAUUCCGUAAAUGCCAGAGGGAUAAAUCGAACGUAGUCGAACCUAAAGCUGAAAACCCUAUUUGUAUUCAGAAAGAGUGUCCGCCGGAGUCACCAUACGAGGGUGAAGAAUCCAAAGAGGGCAAAGUGCUUUAUGAGGCAUGCGAUAAUGAGCCAGUCCACAAAGUAUGUCGUUGUCCUGAUUGCGAGCACGGCUAUUUGCCAAUUGAGGCACGCUGAACUAUAUUCAUAUAAAUAUUAAUCUAGCCUCUUUGAUGUUAUUGUUCAAAAUUAAUGUUGGGGAAAUAUAUAUUCUAUAUUUUUU